AUGUACCCGAAUCCGUCGAUUAAAGUGCUCGGAAAUCUGCAGGAUAGUCCGAAGCUACUAAUAACUACGACCACGUCGGGCGGCGCGCAGCAGAUUCUGCCGUGGAUUAUGUUCCACCGCGCGAUAGGUGUGCACUACUUCAUACUAUUCGUGGAGGGGAAGGCCUCUUCGCCGGAAAACGUGGCAAUAUUUGAGUCCAUGGAGUCCCACCCAUUCCCCCCCUCAUUCCCCCUCCCUCUUUCCUCUCCUCGCCCCCUCGCCCCCACCCUUCUCUCUUCGCCCCCUGUCCCCCAGGGCGUGACAGUGGUGCAGCGAACCAAGGAGCUUGAGGACCAGCAAGCCAAGAGCCGCGUGUGGAACGAGACAUGGCUUGCAUUCUUCUUCUACAAGCCAUGCAACUACGAGCUCUUUGUGCGCCAGUCCCUCAACAUGGAGAUGGCCAUCGUCUUCGCCAGGUCCCUCAAUAUGGAGAUGGCUAUCGUCUUCGCUAGGGUGUUGGGCGUGGAUUGGAUAUUCCACGUGGACACAGACGAGCUGCUCUACCCUGCAGGCACGCCCGAUUUCUCCCUGCAACGACUCAUCCACGACCUUCCCAGCGAUGUGGACCUCAUUGUCUUUCCAAACUACGAGAGUGUGGUGGAAACAGCUGAUGUGGGAGACUCGUUCACCGAGGCAGCACAUGGCAACCCAAAUUACUUCCUCACGUACGGCAACGGCAAGUCAGGCGCCAAGAUGCAGGCCCACCUGAGGCCCAAUGGGGCGCACCGAUGGCACAACUACAUGAAGGUUCCCAAGGAGGUGAAGCUGAUGGAAGCAGCAGUGCUGCACUUCACCUACACUCAAUUCUCCGACCUCUCGUCUCUCAUCACCAUCUCUCACCCUGCCAGCCCUUGCUCUGCACCCCCCCUCCUAACCCCCUCCCCCCCCAACAGAGAGGUGAAGCUGAUGGAAGCGGCAGUGCUGCACUUCACCUACACUCACUUCUCCGACCUCACGUCUCGGCGGGACCGCUGCGGGUGCAAGCCCAACUCGGAGGACGUAAAGAAAUGCUUCAUGCUCGACUUUGACCGCCUGGUGAGAGCUUUACAUGUGUCAGCUGCGGGCGUUUCUCAUAGCAUUUACACAGACAGUGGAGCAGUGGAGCACUUGUCUCAUGUCGCUGCCACUCCUCCCCCGUUCCUCACUUGCGUUUAUCAUUGCAUCCACACAGACAGAGGAGCAGAUGUUCCAAUGGUGGGUGUGUGA